AUGUCACUUGAUUUAACCAACGUUAUUAUUUCCAUAUUAAUCACUGUAUUUCAUAAUUAUUAUUCUUCUCCUUCUUCUUCUCUUCCUUCUUUUUCCUUCUUCUUCUUCUUCGUCUUCUUCUUCUUCUUCGUCUUCUUCUUUUCCACUCCUCCUCAUCCUCCUCCUUAUGUUCUUUUCUUUUCUUCUGGCCAUGUUAGACUUUUUCUUUUUCUUAUUUUCCUUCUUCGGUUCUUGAUAUUUCAAAUGUUUCUACAUUAUUCACUACAGUUUAUGAUACUUCUUCUUCGUUGCUUUCUUCUUCUUCUUCUUCUUCUUCUUUCUUCUUCUUCUUUUUAUUCUUCUUCUUCUUCUUUCUUCUUCUUCUUCUUCUUUUUUUUCUUCUUCUUCUUCUUGUUUCUUCUUCUUCUUCUUCUUUCUUCUUCUUCUUCUCAUUCUCUUCCUUCUCCUUUUCUUUUCUUCUUUUUCUCUUUAUUCUUCUUCUCUUAUCAUCUCCUUCUUCUUCAUAUCCACAUCUUUCUUUCUUUUAUCCAGUCUUCUUUUUUCUCUCAUUCAUUCAUCUUUUUCUUAUUUGCUAGUUGCCUAUCCUGUUUUUUCCCUUGUUUGGAUUUUAUGCGUUCUUUCAUUCCCUAUUCUACUAUUCGUGUCUCCGUCUUUUUUCCAUUCUUCCUCUUUCUACUUCCUCUUUGUUUCCGCUCACUUCUCUUCUCUUUCUCCUGCUAUUCUGAUUUUUUAAAUUUCUUCCUUUCCUUUUUCUUCUUUUACUUUUCCUUCUUUAUUUUUCCUUCUUUUCAUAUCUUCUAUCACCUUUUCUUCUUCUUCUUCUUCUUCUUCUUCUUCUUAGUCGUCGUCGACGUCUUAAUUUUAUUUGUUAUUUCAUCUUCAUUGUCGUUGUCUUCAUUUACUUGCUUGUUGAUGAGUCCCUUUAAUUUUUUUCGUCGUCUACUUCAUUCCAUUCUUCUUACUUUCUUUUUCUUCUUCUUCUCCCUCUUCUUCUUCUUCUUCUCAUCAUCAUCCUUCUUCUUCAUUUUUUCUUCAUCUCCUCCUCCUUCUUCUUCUUCGUUACCCUUUCAUUUUUUCAUCGUUUACUUCAUUCCAUUCUUCAUACUUUCUUUUUCUUCUUCUUCUUGUUUAAUUUUCUUUUUCUUCAUGCCAUCAUUUAUAAUUAUACAGCUUUCGUUUCGCCUAUUCCUCUUUUUAACUACUUUUUACUUUCCUUCAUUUCACCUGCUUUGUUCUUCAACGUUUCUUCCUCCUCCCAUAAACACCCCUCUCCUCUAG